AUGAACGCGUCAGCGUCAGUAGUAAAAGCACGGGCCAGUGCAGCACAUCUCACUGGGCCUCCGUUGCCCGCCGUCGGGCUAUGGGCACCGCCCAUGUUCGGAUGCAGAGUGGCGACAUCCCAAGGGCACACGGGCUCCACCCGCUCCGCCAACCCAGGGCGUCCUUUGACAGCAGCGGCGGGGGGGGCGAGCCGACCUCCGGCCAUCCCAGAAGGCCAAGGUGGGCUGAUGAGUGACUACGAGGCGCUGCGCACCACCUUUCUGUCGCAAGUGGACCGCCAGUUGGAGUCGUUCAAGGAGCGCGACAAGGACCUGCACCAGCAGAGGGAGGAGCUCAGGGACCGCAGCGAGGAGGUGGACAGGGAGCAGCAGAGGCUGCAGCAGGAGCGCGAGGGGCUGGAGCGGGAAAAGGCGCAGAUGCAGAAGGUGCAGGUGCAGGACGACGACGUGGUGGAGCUGAACGUGCAGGGGGAGGUCAUGUGCACGCUGAGGGGCACGCUGACGCAGAUACCAGACAGCAAACUGGCAUACAUGUUCAACGGGAGAUGGGAAGACAAGAUGAGAAAGGACAGCCAAGGCCGCUACUUCCUCAACUACAUGCCAUCAUGCUUUCGAAAAAUCCUUGAUCACCUGACCACAAGGGAGCUCACAGGCGAUCAUCCACUGCCAACACCCACUGUCGAUGCUGACAUGGCUGCCAGCUAUGAGAUUCUCGUUCACCACCUUGGCCUCAACGUUGCAUUCUUUGGAGGUUUCAAGUUCAGCAGAACUUUGAAGAGCACAUCAGUUCGGCUUAGCCCUGAUGCUCUCAUGGCUCGAAACGACUCUGCAGGGGAGGGAUAUGUGCUUGGGGAGCAUGGUUACAAGAACAAAGUGGUAGAAUUCACGUUGCUCAUUGAGAAGCUCGAUGCAGAGUUCGCACGGAUGUUCAUCGGUGUCCUGGCUGAGGGUCACCCAUUGAAUUCGGACAACAGCUUUCGAGGCAACCCUGGAGCAUUUGGAUGGGCGGGGGCUGGGCAAGUGUGGGUGGCCGGCAAGAGGCAGCAGGGCUUGGGAGAUUAUCCAAAGGCCCUGCUUUGUGAAGGCUUGGCGCUCAUGGUGACUCUGGACUGCCGAGACGGCCACAAUGUGAUGAGCCUCAGGAGUGAAGCAAAAGGGACGGAAUACCAGAUCGCGGGGCUGCCAGAAGGGCAGUGUUGGCGAAUUCAUGUGAAUAUGGUGGGGGAAGGCGAUCAAGUGAGGUUUGUGAACGUGAGGACAUUGACGGAGUGA